GACCCUUAUUUCAUCCACAGAUUUCAUCCGUGGAGCGUGUCAAUAGACAUUCCAAUUUUAAAUAUUUGACCGCCAUUACUCGUGAGCGCAUCACGUGCGCAAUUGCCCGGCAGUGGUGUAGGUGAACUGAUUAUUCUGUACGUCGGUGGGUAGGGGUGUAACGACUAACGUCAUAAUAAAGUAAGGGUAAGUUGAAACAAGUGGGAGUUGAUAAGAAGAGUCGGCGCGGGGGCCGAAGCGUGGAGGGUAGAAUACGCGUGCGCAAGAUCGGUACACAUCUUAAGCCGAUAUCCGAUAGUCACCAGCUGUGUAAGCUACCACACGGCUCCUCGUUGUCUCCAUUCUGUAUGGUAGUAAAUACCAAUACUUAGAUUACUCCCGAAGUAAUAAAUCAAAACAUCAACCGUGAGUGCUGGACAAAAAUAAAGAUGACGUUUAUGUUUAUCGACAUAUUUUAUCAACUUAAAUAAUUAGUGUAGUGAAAUUAUUACAAAUAAAAUAAAAAACGAGUUUCUGGCAUUUUUCGUAUUGUCAAUACGAAUUAUAAUAGUAAAAUAACAGGUCGGUGGUAUGUAAGACCAAAUGUUUGUCCUUGUGAGAGUGUAUGGUUAAAUCACCUUGGGUGACUCGUUCCCACGAUCUCUGGAUAGAAACCAAACCACGAUCCUGGCUUUAAGAAAAAAUUAAAUAUGACAACGAGGGAGCUUUACGUAAAGGGCGCCAAAGUAUGGGUUCAGCAUCCAGAAAAAAUAUGGGAAGGUGCAAUACUACUAGACGACUACAAAUUGACCGACACAAGCAUAAAAUUGCAAGUAGAUGACACUCGAGAGCAACGUGUAGUAGAAGUUAAAACCGACAAGGAACUUCCACCACUUCGGAACCCAGAUAUACUGAUAGGGGAAAACAAUCUGACAUCACUUUCUUUUCUCCAUGAGCCAGCAGUCCUCUAUAACUUACAAGUCCGUUUCCAGCGUCGAUGUAUCUACACCUACUGCGGGAUUGUCCUCGUGGCUUUUAACCCCUACGACGAGCUUCCAAUUUACGGCAAUGACACAAUUUGGGCGUACCGCGGUCAAGCGAUGGGAGACCUCGAACCCCAUAUCUUCGCAGUGGCCGAAGAAGCGUACACCAAAUUGGAGCGCGAGCUCCACGACCAAUCAAUCAUCGUCUCCGGAGAGUCAGGAGCUGGUAAAACGGUGUCUGCUAAAUAUGCCAUGCGUUACUUUGCAACGGUGGGUGGCUCGUCUACCGAGACGCAAAUUGAGAAGAAAGUCCUCGCGUCCUCGCCGCUGAUGGAAGCAUUUGGCAACGCCAAGACCACGAGAAACGACAACUCCUCCAGGUUUGGAAAAUUUAUAGAGAUACAAUUUAACAAAAAUUAUCACAUUACAGGCGCAAGCAUCCGUACGUACUUGUUAGAAAAGUCACGUGUUGUUUUCCAAGCACACCAAGAACGUAAUUACCACAUAUUCUACCAACUGUGCGCCGCAGCGACGUCUCCUCCCCAAGCCAGUCCUUCAGACGUCUCAGCGAGGCUGAAGAAUUUACAAUUGGACAAAGGAAGCAGUUUCCACUACCUAAAUCAGGGUAACUGCUUUACAAUCGACAACUUGGACGAUUCGCGCACUUUCCAAGACACUUUAUCAGCAAUGACCCGUCUAGGGUUCGAGUCCAAGCAGCAAGAAGAUGUAUUCAAAAUUCUAGCCGCUAUUUUACAUCUAGGAAACGUCGAAAUAAUCCAGGAUUCCCGUGCGUCUGAAGGUGGGGACAGUGAAGCCUGCAUGAUAGCCUCUGGAGACAGACACCUAAACAUUCUGGCCCAGCUGAUGGGCAUAGACCCCUCCGCGAUGCGCAAAUGGCUUUGUCAUCGCAAGAUCGUGUCAAUGAGAGACGUAAUCCUGAAGCCUAUGAACGUCGAGCAGGCAAUCGGAGCUCGGGACGCUUUAGCCAAACACAUCUACGCCGAGUUGUUCAACUUUAUUGUCCAUGGGAUAAAUGAGUCGCUGCGUAGCAAAGUAAAGGCUUUGUCUUUCAUCGGCGUGCUGGAUAUUUACGGGUUUGAAACUUUUGAAAUAAAUUCCUUCGAGCAGUUCUGCAUAAACUACGCCAAUGAGAAGCUUCAGCAGCAAUUUAACCAGCAUGUGUUCAAACUUGAACAAGAGGAGUACUUGAAGGAAGAAAUUGAAUGGACCUUUAUAGAUUUUUACGACAAUCAGCCGUGUAUAGAUCUAAUAGAAACCAAGCUGGGUAUUUUGGACUUGCUAGAUGAAGAGUGUCGCAUGCCACGAGGCUCUGAUGACUCCUGGGCCGAGAAACUUUACUCUAAAUGCGUUAAAUCUAAGCACUUUGAGCGACCACGUUUCGGGACCAAUGCAUUUCUGAUCCAUCACUUCGCAGACCUGGUCGAGUAUUCGACGAUUGGCUUUUUAGACAAAAACCGUGACACUGUUAUGGAAGAACAGAUCGACGUGUUACGUUCAAGCGACAAUAAACUGCUGAAACAGCUGUUUAAUGAUGACCCUCCAAAAUUGUCAGUCCCCAGUGGUCAGUCUAAAAUAAAAAUAUCCGCCCAAAAGCCUUUAGCAAACGCCACGCCUAAGCAAAACAAAAAAACAGUCGGCUCGCAGUUCCGAGACUCGUUGAACAUGCUGAUGUCGACGCUCAACGCAACGACUCCUCACUAUGUUCGUUGUAUCAAGCCCAAUGAUUCCAAAGAGUCCUUCGAGUAUGAUGCGCAGCGUGCGAUACAACAAUUACGAGCUUGCGGAGUUUUGGAAACAAUUAGAAUUUCAGCAGCGGGUUUUCCCAGCCAGAGGACCUAUUCAGACUUUUUCUCGCGUUACAGAUGCCUGUGUCCGUUCAAAGAAAUCCUGAGAGAAGAUUUAAAGGAAACAUGUCGGCGUAUUUUGAAGUAUUAUAUAAAAGACGAGGAUAAAUUUAAAUUCGGUAAGACUAAAGUACUUUUCAGAGCCGGACAGGUCGCUUACUUGGAAAAACUGAGAAGUGAGAAGCAAAGAGACGCCUGCAGGAUGAUACAGAAGCGUGUCAGAGGUUUUAUAAUGCGUAGACGCUACCAGGAGAUUAGAAAAGCUGUGAUGGGACUGCAGCGACACGCCAGAGGAUACUUGGCACGUGUUAAGGCCCAGAGAAUUAGACGUGAGCGCGCUGCGGUGAAAAUACAAACUAGAAUUCGUGGGUGGGUCGCUCGUACAAGGUACCUCAGAAUCAGACGGACGAUAAUUAGCCUCCAAAGGUAUGCGCGUGGAUUACUUGCGCGAAAGAAGUACGCGAUUAUGAAGGACAACGCAGCUGCGACGACGAUCCAGAGGUUUGCCCGUGGGUAUCUAGUUCGUGCUGCAGUCAAGCAUAAAAUUAAUAAUAUUAUUAUUGUACAGUGCUGUGUGCGCAAGUACUUGGCUCGGAAAGUCUUCAGAAGACUCAAGGCCGAAGCCAAGAGCGUCGAACAUGUAAAGACUCUGAACAAGGGCCUGGAGAAGAAGAUCAUAUCGAUGCAGCACAGAAUAAACGAGAUUUUGAAAGAGAACCAGGCUUUGCGUGUGGUUCAGACCGAGGUCAUGGAUUUAAAGGUUAAGCUGGAGGCUAUGAAGGCUGUCGAGUUGGAGAACAAGAAACUUGUGGGUGUACUCAUCGAGAAGGAUCGUGAGUUGGAGCUGAUGGCAGAGACGGUCAAGCGCGAGCAAGAUGAAAAAAUGGAUCUUUUGUUGGAGCGCGAGAAGCUGAUCAAGGAGAAGGAAGACGAGAACAAGCGGCUGAGUGAAGAGACCGAGAGGUUGAAGAGAGAGUUGGUGGUAGCCAGCGAGAAGCUCAAGAUUGAUCAACGUGGAGCUGAGGAGAAUCUCAAACAUCGGUUGGAGCAGGAAAAAGAUCUGCUGCUUAUGGAUCACGAUCAAGACCGCGGAGCCUACCAGAGGCUGCUGAAAGACUACCAGGACUUGGAAGAACAUGUUGAAGUCCUGGAGCGCAAGCUGGCGUUGCACGCUCCUGGAGAAGGUCACUCUAGGUCCCUCAGCAACGCUUCCAGCGGCAGUGUCGGUCAGGCUGCCUCGACUGAUGUUCCGGAGGAAAAUAUUGACUUUGGCUACGGCUCGGUCAGGUCUACCGUGUCUUCGACGGCUUACUCGAGGGUAGAGACCAUCGACUGGCACCAGAGACGCUCUGAAAGCCCACCUGAUGGUGAAGCUCAGCCAAUCAAGCCGGUUGAGAAUGGCAAUGGCGGUCUGGUGGCUGCUCCAGUUGACAUUGGGCUGGUAUUGAAGCUCCAGCAGAAGCUCAAGGACGUCGAGAGCUCUUAUGGCCGACUGGUCAGGACCAUGGAGGACUUGGAGCGUGACAGUGGGGAAGAUGUUCUCAGGACUCAGGAUACCUUCAAGUUGGAGGAAUUGGAGAUGGAGAAUGCCCAGCUCAAGAAAGAUCUCGGCACUUUGAGGAAAGCUGUCGUUGAUGGUGAUGUCAAUUCAGCCCAGAAGGAACUCACCAGCCAGUUUGACGCGCUACAAGAAGAGCUGGAGCGUCGCAGGGAAGAAUGCAUUCAGCUACACAGUGUCCUUGCUGAUAAUACCAAGAGGAUGAAGAGUCUCGGGUCUAAUUAUGGAAGGGAUGUUGAUAUUAUUAAUGAGGAUGGAGAGCUGGCACUUGCUUUUGAAGCUCAGAAGAAAAUUAAUCGGCAAUUGGAGGAUGAACUUCAGACUAAAGAAAAGGGCUGGAGAGAACAACGAAAUGAGUGGAGGAAUGAAAUUGAUCGGUUGCAAGAAGAAAUGCAGAAACUACAGAAAUUGCUGAGUGUUAAUUUGAGCAACACUCCUAAAACUCAAACUGAAGCUUUUAUGCAACAUGAAAUUGUUAAAAUUACGUCGGAAUAUUUGGAUUUGCAAGAAAAAUACGACAAAGUAGCCGAAGAGUGCCAGAAGCUCAAAAAGCGAUGUAGGAUAUUCGCAAAACGCCUCCGUGAUGCUGGAUGCGAGGAUAGUGAACCGAAACAAUUACCAGAACCACCGAAACCUCGCGCUUUUAUGAUUACCGCUCCGGUACCAGAUACAGUAGAUCCGGCGCCUAAUCAAUCAAUGAUAACAAGUCAGCAAUCAAAUGGGACAGUAAUGCCAGCAAUUAGGAAGAAAGAACGAGAUUACGAGGGGAUGUUUGAGUUCCGGAAGGAAGAUAUUACUUCUAUCAUUCGUAAUCUUGUCAUAGAAUUAAAACCAAAAGUAGCAGUAACUUUAUUACCUGGAUUACCAGCUUACAUAUUAUUUAUGUGCAUCCGUCAUACCGACUGCAUAAAUGACGACGAUAAAGUAACAUCACUGCUAACGGGUUACCUGAACGCGGUGAAACGAGUGAUUAAAAAACGUGACGACUUUGAUUCAACAGUCCUCUGGCUGUCGAACACUCUGAGAAUUCUGCAUAACUUGAAGCAGUACUCCGGAGACAAGCCUUUCCAAAUGGAAAACACGGCCCGACAGAACGAGCAGUGUCUCAGAAACUUCGAUCUCAGUGAGUACAGAUCAGUUCUGAGCAACGUCGGAGUCUGGAUAUUUGGCCACGUGAUGACCAUCUUGAAAGAGCGGAUUCAAGCGCUGACAGUUCCAGCUCUGUUAGAGCACGAAGCGAUAACCGGGCUGAACUCUAACAAGUCGGGUCGGCCACGGUCUUCUUCAGUUGGCGAGGAGCCAGAAUCGACGCAGCAGAAAUUAAAUAAAUUGUUGGACGAAUUGGGUUUGAUUCACAAAACUAUGCAGUACCACGGCGUAGAUAAAGAUGUUUUUGUUCAAAUAUUCAAGCAGUUGUUUUACUUUAUGUGUGCUAGCGCGUUGAAUAAUUUACUGCUGAGGAACGAGUUGUGCCACUGGACCAAGGGGAUGCAAAUUAGGUACAAUCUCAGUCACAUUGAACAGUGGGCUCGCGAUGAGCAGCUAGUCCCGGCGAUUGAAUCUUUGCAGCCGAUCAUCCAAGCUGCGCAGCUGCUCCAAGCUCGCAAGACUGAUGAAGAUGUCAAUGCAGUGUGUGAAAUGUGCAAUAAAUUAACAUCUAAUCAGAUUAUCAAAAUUUUACAUCUUUACACUCCAGCUGACGAGUAUGAGACCAGAGUUCCGGUUACUUUUAUUCAAAAUGUACAAGAAAAAUUGAAACAGAGACAAGAAAACAACGAACAGCUUUUAAUGGACCUAAAGUUUUCAUUUCCAAUAAGAUUUCCAUUUAAUCCCUCGAAUAUAAGAUUGGAGGACAUCGAUAUACCACCGGCGCUUAAUUUACCUAUGCUCAAGAAAAUUUAAAUUAUUUUAAUGAUAUAGGUAAAUUAUUUAUAUAAAUAGAAUUAAUUUAAAUUGUGCAAUUAAUUGCACAUUUUGUACAAUUUUAUUUUAUUUUUUACUUUUACUAUUGAUUGUACUUAAUAUUUAUUUCAAAAUCACUUGUUAUUCUAUCAAUUAAUUAUUACAACUUGUCAUUAAUUUAAAUAAUUUAAUUAAUGAGUGAUAAAAAUGUGAUUGAAGUAGAGAUAGAGAGGGCAAUUCUAAAAAAGAUAAUGUACUUAAAGCACAUUCCAUUUAUUUAUAGAGAUAUAUAUAUAUGAUAAAUAGAUAUAAUUAUUUUUUAGCUACGCAAUAAUUAGAAGGGACGUUUGAAUUGCCGUAAUUUGUUGUACAAUAAAAAAGAUUUUGCAAUGUUACUUAUAUAUUGUUAUAAAUUGAUGAAUUUAACUGAAAAUGAUUUAAAAGAGUUAUGAAGAGUCAUUAUCUAAAAAUGUAUUCUUUUUUUUGUUAAAAAAAUGUAUGAUAAAAAUGAAUGUGUGCCAUUCCAUAAUAAUUAAAAAAAAAAAAAUAAUUAUUACAUAGUUAAAAAUGAAUAAAUAUUUUUUCCUGGAAAAGUCGAUCUGUGAUCGAUAAAAAAAAUUUUUUGUUGUACGCACUAGCUGAAUAAAAGACAAGCCAUUUAAA